AUGAAAAUAUUCAAAGUGAAGGAAGGAUUAGUGGGACACCAGAGAAUUCAUACUGGAGAGAAACCGUACAAAUGUUCUCAGUGUGGGAAAUGCUUCAAUCAGGGAGAGGUUUUGAAAUUCCAUCAGAGAGUUCAUACAGGAGGGAAGCCACACAAAUGUUCUCAAUGUGGGAAAUGCUUUAAUUAUGGAAGAAGCUUGGUGUGUCACCAGAGAAGUCAUACUGGAGAGAAACCGUACAAAUGUUCCCAGUGUGGGAAAAGCUUUAGUGGGAGAGAUAAGAUAAAGAGACAUCAGACAAUUCAUACUGGAGAGAAACGGUACAAAUGUUCCCAGUGUGGGAAAAGUUUCAGUCGGAAUGAACACUUGAAGAAACAUCAGAGAACUCACACUGGAGAUAAACCAUAUAAAUGUUCCCAGUGUGAGAAAUGCUUCAGCAACAGGGAGCAUUGGACGAUCCAUCAGAGAAUUCAUACUGGAGAGAAACCAUACAAAUGCCCUAACUGUGAAAAACGCUUUAGUCAUAGUGAAAAUUUGAAAAACCAUCAGAGAACUCAUACUGGAGAGAAACCAUACAAAUGUUCUCAGUGUGGGAAGUGCUUCAGUCAGGGAGGCGAUUUGAAAAUCCAUCAGAGAGUUCAUACCGGAGAGAAACCAUACAGAUGUUCUCAGUGGGGGAAAUGCUUCAGUCAGGGAGGGAACUUGAUGUGUCAUCAGAGAAUUCAUACCGGAGAAAAACCAUACAAAUGUUCUCAGUGUGGGAAAUCCUUCAAGCAGGGAAGACUAUUGAAGAACCAUCGGAGAACUCAUACUGGAGAGAAACCAUACAAAUGUGCUCAGUGUGGGAAAUGCUUCAACGGGAAACAAAAUAUGAAGAGACAUCAGACAAUUCAUACUGGAGAGAAGCCAUACAAAUGUUCUCAGUGUGAGAAAAGCUUCAGGCACAGUGGAAACUUGAUGUGUCAUCAGAGAAUUCAUACUGGGGAGAAACCAUACAAAUGUUCUCAAUGUGGGAAAUGCUUUAAUGGGAUACAAAAUAUGAAGAGACAUCAGAGAAUUCAUACAGAUCUUAUGCAAGUCCUUGGCGUGAGAAAAUCUUCAGACAGAGCGUGUACUUGAAGGAUCGUACAUGCAGGAGAGAAACAUUCAAAUGUGUGGAAGAAACUUCUUUUGGACAUAUAGUUUUAUGAGAGAUUAGGGAAUUUGCAGGGAACAGAGACCUUAUGCAUGCCCUGAAUGUGGGAAACAUUUUGUUCUGGAGGAUGCAAUGAUUUAAGAU